UGAAUUGCGUUCUUCAAAUUCGCAAAACCGUUUCAUCGGUGUAUUGCUACUUUUCGUAAUAACGAUUUUGUGUUCUUAUCCAAUAUGCACGGUAGCACAAACGAGAACAUUUUCAUAUCACGAAAAAUUCGGUUAUGGACCAGAAUCACAACCUCUCAUUUGGAAACAAAGCGUGUACGAAGAUGGUAUGAUUGUAUUGAGGGUCGUCAGAAGAAAUCAUGCCUCAACUGGUGGGAUCUGUUUUUUAGAAAUGCUUUCCUUGAGAAUCAUUCAUCCUAAUGGCACAGUCGAUGAGUUGGAUAUCAAUUUAGAAAUUCAAUCAUUUAAUUAUUGUAAAAGGGGUAAUGCCGAAUAUUUGGAUUUUCAUUUGAUUAUUAAUGAUCAAAUUUUAGUCACUUAUCAUAAUGCAACUGAUCCUAACGAUGAAAACACAUAUGAAGAAUGGGGAAUGAUCAUUGAUUUCGAUGGUAACGUUAAAAGUAAAAUAUCACUUGGAUUCAAAUUUGUUGAAGAAAAUGUAAAAUAUAAUUUCAAGGCUCUUUCAGAACUUAAACCAAGUAGGGAAAUACUACUAAAUAAUAAGAGAAAUGGGUUCCUCAGAAUAGCCGUCAUUAAAGGAUCAAGAAAUACGGGAUGGAAACAAUUUAAGGUUGGACUUAACGGAAUAAUUACUGGAUUAACUGAUGGAAUAAUUGAAUCCGAGAACUUUUCAAACUUAUUGUAUGAUAUUAUUACAACAUACGAAGGUUAUGCUAUCGUCUAUGCAAAUACAACAGCGGCAACAGUCCCAUUGUCGCCUCGAUUGGAAUUAUUCGUCAUUUUCAUAAGUGAUCAUAAAAUGGCGCAUGCUUCUUUGUUACUUUAUCAGAAUCAAUUGCCAAACCUAUCAUUGGGCUCACUUUUUUGCGAUAUUUAUUACAUAAGGACCGGAUAUCAAUGUAUUUUAACGAUAAAUCAACAAGACCCUUCUGGAUCAAAUUUAGAAAAUUUAUUUGACGUUAAAAUAAAUUUCCUAUCUUCUGGUUCAAUCCCUUCACUCACGACAAUCAAACGUUCCUCAGAAAUUAAUGCAACUCAGAAUUGGGACGUCAUGUUUUUACCAUUCGGUGGUUAUAUUCUCAAGAAUGCAAAUGAACGUUCGGAUGAUAUUAUAUAUCACAUACUCGACGAAAAUGGUACAAAAAAUAGCACUUUCAUGGAAUCUAAGUCAGCAAAUGAAAGCCCUUCAGCAAUUAUAUUACUUAACAAUACUCUCCUGAUCCCUAAAACGGAAUCCAACAAUACUUGGGCAUUAACAUGUAUUGAUUUGCCUAAACUUUCUGCCGGUAAAGAUAAUGGAUAUUAUAAUGUAAACGUGCGGUCGACAUUCCCGGAAAUUAAUGCUUCAGUAAAUUCAGAUAUACCGAAUGUCGUAAUUGAUUUUUAUGAUCCGGUAGAAUUAUCGGAUGGAAGUUUGUUGAUAUAUCAAUUAUCUAAUGAGGAAAAAAUAUUACGCCAAAUAACUCUUGGACGAAACUGUUCAUUAACUGAUGAUAAAAGUGUUAUUGUAGAGAUAUUUAACACUACCUUUGAUGAAGGGAUUUAUUUUAUAGAAAUGGAUACAAAUUUCGUUAUAUCUUAUGCUUAUAAAGAACCUUUAUUAGGCAUUAAUGAAAACGUUUGGCAUUUUAAUGUUGAAAAGAUAAAGAAAGAGUAUGACAUUACGACUUCAACAACGGGUUUGCUUAGAUUAACCACAAGAGGAACAAAAAGAUUUACAAACUUAUCAGAAAGUGAACGAGAACAAUUUUUAAAUAAUUUGUUAGUUGAAUUGGCCGAUACAUGUCUAAUAUCGCAAGAUCGUUUGAAAAUAGAUAAGGUUGCUCAAGUUGUUACAAAUGAACAACAAAUAAUUUCUAUAAGAAUUGAAGAAAAUAAAGAAAAAGAUGAAAAGGAUGUCGUUUCUAUAAUAAAUGAUCUUAAUUUUACUAUUACACAUAAAUUUCGAACUCAUAUUGGACAAGGUCAAUUUACCAAAUCCAUAGAGCAAAAUUAUGGGGAUCUAUGGCAAGAAUAUAAAUGGAAAUUCAUAGCUAUGAUUUUGGCCAUCAUAUUAUUGCUUGUUCUUUCAACGCUUGCCUAUAUAAAAGAAAAAAAGGGUAAUAAAUUUGCCAUUUUUCAACUCGGUCUAUUUAUUUUAGACCUGGUUAUGGACGUUCUCUUUGUAACAUAUAACGCCGACAAUUUUCCAGAGUUUAAAACUCCAAGACAAAGGGCAAGAAAAACGCUCACAUAUGAAGACGAUAUUAUUCCCAUGUUGACUUUAACCUCCACGACAUUAAACCUUACAAUUAAUGUCGUAGGACGUUUAUAUAAAAUAACAAUUUCUAUGCUACAUACAAACCAAAUCUUACCUAUUCGUAAUAUCAACAACAAUAGAAAUUUGGAAAUGGUACAAGGAGAUAAUGAUACUUGA